GAGUAUAAAUUUGUUAGCAGAUUCAAUUGCAUUAGUACACACAACACACAUAUUGUUUGGCAAAUAGUCACCUCUUAAUAACUACAACAUCUCUUUAAAUAUUUCAAAUGUUAAAAUGGAAAUGAAAUUAUUAUACAAACUGAAUCAAAUUAGCAUAAGGAACGUUUGUGGACUUUGCUUAAGUGAAGAAUGCUUGCGAAAAAUAUCUGGAUCAAAAUUACCUCAAAUGAUAGACUCGUGUUUUGAAAAUCAUAUAUUGCUUAAGAAAAAUUUGUUAAAACACAUAUGUACAGCAUGUUUUCGGCAAAUUAUUCGGUUCUAUACAUUCAAGCAAAGAGUUAACAAAGUACAAAAAAUUUUGGAUACUUUCCUUCAGGAAAAAUCAAACGAAUUAUAUGCAACAAAUAAUUUCAAUGACCACACUGUAGGUCAGAGCAUUGAAGUUGCAGAUAAUGAUAUAUCUGAUUUAGAGAAACUUAAAUUACAAGAGUUGGAAAAUUUACACGAAGAAAUUUAUAAAAAGAAUAUCGAGAUAAAUGAAUGUGCUCAAAAAAUUAUAAGUUAUAAUUUUGGACCUCCUCCAUUAGUACCUAUUCAGUUAGAUAGUUCAACUGUCAAUGAUAAACCAGCUACAGAAAAUAUUAGUGAAGAAAAUAUAAUACCUUUACCUCCAUUAAUCCCUUUAAAAACAUAUAAUACAAACGAUGAUCAUUGUCAGAUGAUCUCUUGUGAUAUUUGUUUACAAACAUUUAAUAAUAUGAAACUAUUUCAAGACCAUAAUUGUAAUAAGUUAUCUUGUAAUGUUUGUAAAAAGAGAUUUGCAAAUCGUAAUGAACUUAUUAUACACCUAAGGGGUCAUAGAAGAAAAAUUAAAGAUUAUCUUUGUAAUAUUUGUGGCAAAAAAUAUUUAUCUUCCAGUACAUUUAGAGUUCAUAUGAGAACUCAUACUGGUGAAAAACCUUUUAAAUGUAACAUAUGUGAUAAAAAAUUUGUCAGAUGGGCAGGUCUUAAGAUUCAUAUGGUUGUACAUGAAGAAACCCAAAGAUAUAGAUGCCAAACUUGUGGGAAAGGAUUUAAAAUUUCCUCAAACUUGUACAGACACGAAAGGUUACAUACUGGAAUUAACAACUAUUCUUGCAACUACUGUGAGAAAUCCUACAAUCAACUUGAACAUCUUACACUACAUAUUAGAGUACAUCACACCAAUGAAAAACCAUUUUUAUGUAGCGAAUGUGGUAAACGCUAUGUAAGUUUGCAAAGGCUUCAACGUCAUGCAUGGAUUCAUACUGGACAGAAACCUUUCCCUUGUCCGACAUGCCCGAAGGCCUAUACAAAUCAAAUGGAUUUAAAAAAUCACCAACUUAGAAUGCAUGAAGAUAAACCUACUAAAAAGCUCUUUGAAUGCUCACACUGCUGGAGAAAGUAUAGUCAUCUUUGUCGGUUAAGAAAACAUCUGAAAUAUCACGGGAUCCCAGUUACACAAUAUGAAUAAUUUAUAUUGAAAAAAAAUUAAUUUUUUCUCUUGAAAAAAAGUAUUUUUCUUCCCCAA